GAGAGAGAGAGACCGAGAGCUAACGGCGAGACGUAAACACCAGUUUGUGUCGGAUACGCACGCAGUCUUCGCAGCUUAAAUGAUGCCUCAUUCGCGACGGCGUCUGUCCUCUGAACGCGCCAGCCAGAGCGGCUACAGAGAUCAUUUCCGAGACUGGGACAGAGAGAGGGAGCGAGUGCGGAGGCAACGCCGCCGGCGGACCCCCACCUUCUCUACCAGCAAUGAGCGAGAGAGGAGGGGAAGGCACAGACAGGAGGGAGGAUAUGCACGCUCACGGAGCUACGACAAUCGUUCUUCAGACCGCAAGCAAUACAGCAGACGACACUGUGAGGGAUACGGGCGCGUGACCGGCGACCGCGGCCGCGUCAGGGAGCACGGCACGCCAGACGACUACUGCUCGCGCGACUUCUCGACCGCCGACUUCGACUACGGCUACAGCUACCGUCGGGAGCGGGAGCGGGAGGGGGAGGAGUCUCGGCGUCGGAAAGGCAGCAGGCGUAAGCACAAACGAAGGCGGCGUAGAACCAGAACCUUUAGUCCGUCCUCCUCGCGGAGCAACAGCGGGACACGGGUGGCGUGCGUGAAGGACGACGAGGAAGGUCACCUGAUCUGUCGGAGUGGCGACGUCCUACAAGAGAGAUAUGAGGUUGUUGGAACUCUGGGAGAAGGCACCUUCGGCAGGGUGAUGGAAUGCAUAGACCACCGCAGGGGCGGAGUCCAUGUCGCUCUGAAAAUCAUAAAAAACGUGGAGAAGUACAAGGAGGCAGCGCGAUUGGAAAUCAACGUUUUGGAGAAAAUCAACGAGAAGGACCCGCAGAACAAGAAUCUCUGUGUUCAGAUGUACGACUGGUUCGAUUACCACGGUCACAUGUGCCUCAGUUUUGAGCUGCUAGCUCUCAGUACGUUUGACUUCCUCAAGGAGAACAAUUACACGCCCUACCCCGUCGCUCAGGUACGGCACAUGGCCUACCAGAUCUGCCUCGCCGUCAAGUUCCUGCACGACAACAAACUGACUCAUACCGACCUGAAGCCGGAGAACAUCCUGUUUGUCAACUCGGAUUUCACCGUCACCUACAACGCAGAGAAGAAGCAGAAUGAGCAUACGGUGAAGAACACUGCGGUGAGGGUUGUAGAUUUCGGCAGUGCCACAUUCGACCACGAGCACCACAGCACCAUCGUCUCCACCCGACACUAUCGCGCCCCCGAAGUCAUUCUGGAGCUGGGCUGGAGCCAGCCGUGUGAUGUGUGGAGUAUUGGAUGCAUUCUCUUUGAGUAUUACCUUGGCUAUACGCUCUUUCAGACUCAUGAUAACAGAGAGCACUUGGCCAUGAUGGAGAGAAUACUGGGGCCUGUGCCCUCCAGAAUGAUCCGCAAGACCAGGAAACAAAAGUAUUUUUAUCAUGGGCAUUUGGACUGGGAGGAAAACUCCUCAGCAGGCAAAUACGUCAAAGAGAACUGCAAACCCCUACGGCGGUAUGUGUUGUGUGAAGCUGAGGAACAUCACCAGUUGUUUGACCUGAUAGAGGCCAUGUUGGAGUACGAGCCGUCGAAACGUUUGACUCUGGCGGCCGCCCUCAGACACCCCUUCUUCCGCGCCGCGUUCGUCCCCGACGACCAGGCCGCCGACAAGACCUGGGAGGGAAGUCGCGACAUCAGCCGAUGACGGGACUGACCUCGGAAACAUCCAGAACCUUCCGCGGCUGACAUGGUGCUAUAGGGUGAACAAAGACAAAAAAAAAAAAAAAACGGACUUAUGACUGAUUUUUACUGUGUGAAAACAACAAGUUUUGUGUUGUCUCUGCUUGGACUCGUUGAUGGAGCCUUGUAAGAAAUGGCGUGUGUAUGAGUCAGAGGGUCACAUGACCAGCAUGAGCCGCAGAAUUCUGAUAAUCCGUUCUGAUAAUCUGACCCGUUGGUUCCACUGCAGAACUCUCAUCCACAUCGCUGUGGCCUCCAGCUUCAUGUAGCGCGAAGAACACGCAGAACUCUACGUUCUCCGCUGUUCCCAAAGAAGAACGAAGACCAAAAGUGUGAGAGGAGAAAAGCCAGGAAUUGUAGCAGGACUUUAUGAGUCUAAACGUGUCCCAAAGAGGCCUGUGGAAUGCUCUGGAAAACAGGCCUGGUGUUGACAGAGGGAUGGGACCGUGGAGACGGUCAGAAGACCCAAUCAGCUGUCAGGGGUGACCUCUGCCGUGUUUUUUGAUUGGACGACGGGAAAUGAAAUAAGCUUGACGCCUAGUACUGAACAUCCUGCCGCACACCCCACUCACUGAACCCCCAGACACCCGUUUGACACAAAUCUACAAACUGCCCCACACGCUGACACUCUUCUGUUUAAACAACUUUCUCUGGGCAGGCCGGCAACUUGGGUUUCAACUUUAAACACUGGCGUUUAUGAUGUGUGGUGAAACACACCCACACAGAUUACUGAACACCUGUUUGUGUUCUAAAUGUUACAAGUUUUUUUGUUAUUGUUGUUGUUUAUUUGUUUUUUUUUGUUUGCUUGUUUUCUUUUGGUUGUUUUUUUAUGAAUCGGGUUCUUUAAGUGAAUGACACAGACUGAGUUCUUAUGCCUCUGUAACACAGAACAAGGCAACAGAGUGAAUUUGGUCAAACCUUACUGGAUAUUA